AUGCAAACAACCAAGCGUUUGGGUUCUGUUGCCCAAAGAAAGCUGGUUGAACUUGAAGUGGAUAGCCUUCAGGAAACUACGGACGCCCGUAUGUCCAAUGGACAAGUGAUAUGGACAACUAUCUUGGUUUCCACCGUGAAGAAUUCUGGCCGAAAUUUCCCCCAAGAACUGGUUAUAAAAUUCAACAUGAACACUAAAUAG